AUGAUCGUCUUCGUCAUCAUCAUCGCUCUGUACCACACCGUUGCAACCGCCCUCGCCCAUGCGACCGGCCGUUACCGCACCAUGACGCAACUUGACACGUCGCACCUGGACCCGACUGUGAGCGUGACAGUCCGGCCCAGCGUGAACGUCGUCGCACUCCUAGGUCGUCUACCAUCGAACCGUGAGCUCCACCUUCCAAAUGACACCCUUGUACUCGACUCGGGCGCCUCCCACCACAUGGUCAAGGACGCGUCUCUCUUCGACGCCUGGCACACACGGUCACACGUCGCCGUUGAUGGCGCUGGCGGGUCACUCAUGGCACAAGGCACCGGCUCGAUCACGAUACGAACGUCGAAACAACGAACGAUCAAGCUCUGCAACGUCUACUACGUCCCCGACCUUCUGGCCAACCUGAUCUCGGUCAUGCAGCUGCGACGCGAGCACGUUUACACCCACUUUGGCAAGACCAUCGAGCUCCGGUCACAAGGUCAACUCAUAGGUGUGGCAUCCCUCAUUGCAAAUCAAUUGUCGACACUGGACGCCACCCCAAUCCGCAGCACGGUGUCACCGGUCGCAGCAGCCGCCAUCCCUCUCCUGACUCUGCACCAACGAUUCGGCCACCUGUCCCUCCCCAACCUGCGAAGGGCAGUCUCGUCGGGUCAACUCCAAGGUCAAACAUGGACGUACUCUGCGACCGAAUGCAAGGCCUUCUCCUGCGACACCUGCAAAGCCGCCAAAGCAACAAGGACACCCUUCCCAACGUCGGACUCUCGCGCUUCGCAACCACUUGAACUGGUCCACUCCGACGUUCUCACUCUGCCCGAACCCGCCACCGAUGGGGAACGAUACGUUUUCACCUUCAUCGACGAUUUCUCCCGGAAGAUGUGGGUCAGCGCGCUGAGGAACAAGAGUCAGGUCUUCGACACCUUCCAGCGUUGGCACGCCAUGAUCGAGCGCUCGACGGGCCUCAAGCUCCGCACGUUACGAACGGACAACGGCGGUGAAUACACGUCCAAAGCCUUCAUCGAGUACUGCUCUCAUCACGGCAUUACCAGGCAACUCACGAUCCCUUACACCCCGGAGCAAAACGGCCGAGCCGAACGGACGAACCGCACAAUCGUCGAGGGGACGAUUGCCCUGCUCCAGCACUCGGGACUGCCCAUGACACUCUGGCGCGAGGCCCUCCGGUACGUUGUUGACACCAAAAACCUCAGCCCGCACAGCGCCAUCAAUCACAAAAUCCCGGACACUAUCUGGUAUGGCAAACCUCCCAGCACGGAAAACCUGAGAGCAUUCGGCUGCCGCGCCUGGCACACCACCCCUCGGCACAAGCGGGCAAAACUCGACCCCAAGGCCAAACCAUUCAUCUUCGUCGGCAUCGAAAACAAAACCAAGGCCUGGACGCUGUACGACCCAGAAACAACUUCGUUCUUCCAGAGCCGCGACGUCAGAUUCAAUGAGAACGUCUUCCCCGCUCGAGAUGCCCCGAUUGGCCGACCGAAGCCUCACACGACGUCCACUACUGGCGACUGGACCUUCGUUGACGCUGCACAUGGCUCCCGCGCUGCACCACGUCUGUCACUCCCGCCCGUCGUGCACAAAAAUCGAUUUGCCGCACUUGAGACUGACGCGAGCGACGACGCAACAAUCGACAUGUCCGAUGAUGGCUUUGAUACCCCGUCCGACAUGUCCAUGGCUCAGUUCUCGCCGUCACCUCCUGCGUCGGAUGUGACCGAUGACUCGGCCGACCCAAUUGACUUCCUGUCAUGCCCGUCUCGCGCCGCUGCCUUUGCCGCCACCACCCCAGAUUCACCGGUCGUCAAACUCGAAGGGCCAACCGAGGACCCCCAGAAUUGGUCGCAGGCGGUCAAGUCAGGUAAAGAGGAGAUCUGGAGGCAAGCAGCAGCCGACGAGUUCCACUCCCUUGCCACCAAGUACAAAUGCUUCAUCCCGGUUGACUCCUCCUCACUGCCCCCUGGCGCCAAAGUCCUCGGAUCCAGGUUCAUCUUCCGCACCAAACGCGAUCAACUUGGCAAGAUCACUUCGCACAAGGGCCGGCUCAUUGCACAGGGAUUCUCCCAGCGCCCAGGUAUUGAUUACGACGAGACUUUUGCUCCGGUUGCCAAGUUCACCUCCAUCCGAGCUCUCAUCGCCCUGGCCGCCGCCAAGAAACUCCACGUCCAUCAGGCCGACGUUGACAAGGCGUAUGAAAGGCACGAGAUUGCUCUCGAGCCUCACUGAUUCCGAAUCCAAACAGAAAGGAUCAAACGGUGUAUUCGCAGGCGAAGAAAGACUACCAAAAGGACUAAGGUCAAGAAGCGCCCGUGGCGCCGCGCGCAAGUAAAGCUUAGGCCGCUGAGGUUGGCUUGAGUUGUCGUGAGGCGUAAGCGGAGCGGCACCUUACAGCAUACCUCCACAGCGAGCUGAAGGAAGACCUCUACAUGCGCGUCCCACAAGGUGUUGACAUGCCCGGUAAAGUCCUCAAGCUCCAUCGAUCGAUCUACGGCCUCAAGCAGGCCGGCCGAGUCUGGAACGAGCACAUUGACUUGACGCUGAAAAGCCUCAACUACCGCGCCACAGCCAAGGACCACUGCGUGUACGUACGAUGCGACGGCGACCACUACCACUACAUCGCCCUCCACGCCCAUGGCCCCGAACCGCCAGCUCGAACAUUCGCUCGCGGAACCAUCCAAAAUUGCUCGGACACGCUACAUGCAGGCCAUUGGAUGCCUCCUGUACGCCGCCACCGGUACUCGCCCGGACAUUUCCUACGCUGUCGGAUACCUCACACGCUUCUCUGCCAGUCCCACACCCGAACACUGGACGGCCAUCAAGACUGUCUUUUGGUACCUACUGUAA